AGAACGGCUGGCACAUCUGGCGUAUCCAAAGUCAACCGCUAAAUAGCUGACAGGAGGAGGUAUGCACCCGUGUUGGAGCAUUUGGUAGCAAAUAAUAAGUGGAACUUUUCGGAAUUCGAACUUGUCCUGAUCGAUUAUCGGUGUAGCCUGCUGUUGCUGUAGGUUCGACGAAAAGCAUACUAGUCGUAGUAAGGCUGAUUAAUCGCAGUGGCAGAAAUAUGACGACAUAUUAUUUCGUCAUUGUUGGCCACCAUGACAAUCCCAUCUUCGAGAUGGAGUUUGCAUCGAAAGGUGAAAAGCGCGAGGACAACGGACGUUACCUAAAUCAAUUUGUGGCCCAUGCAGCACUCGAUCUCGUUGAUCUGCACGCGCAGCAGAACUCCUCCAUGUAUUUAAAAUGUGUCGACAAAUUUAAUCAAUGGAGCGUUUCCGCCUUCGUUACAGCGAGCAAGAUGCGUUUCUUAAUGUUACAUAACGUUAAAAAUGAGGAAGGCAUUAAAACGUUCUUCCAGGAAAUGUACGAAAUCUACACAAAGCAUGCGCUGAACCCUUUCUAUACGCACAAUACGGAAAUAAAAUCACCGGCGUUCGACAAAAAGGCUCACAGUUUGGCCAAACGUUAUCUGCUUUCAUAGAAAAAUGCCGCCGUUCCGUACCGCCGGGGGAAUUCUGCACAUAGAUAUAUGUAUAUACAUUAUAUAUAAAAUAUUAACAAAUAGCUAUUGAUUAACUCGUCGUUGUAUAUUAUUUUUGCGUGGUAUCGACGAUGUGCCUUUAUUUACAAAAUCUGUGGGUUGCAUUGGAACAAAGGUUUAUAAAUGUAUUCUUAACUCAGGUGUGAAUAAAAUAGCCCCUUUGUCGUGGUAUACUUGACAGUACUUCAAACAGAACGUUA